AUGAAACUGAUGUAUCUUGUAGUUGGCUAUGGCGUACCAGGCGGAUCAGUCGGCCUAAACCAGGUCCACACCUACAGGUUUGACGUGCCCACCAACCUACUAGAGGGGUCAUCUGAACCUUGUCUCAGUUUCCUGUACACGUCAAUGCACGAUCCUGUCCGUGACCACAACACUGGUCUGGUUGGUGCAAUCCUCGUCUGUCAGAAGGGAUAUCUGGCGUAUAGGGGACCCAAGCCAAGCGAAUAUUUUUUACUGCUAGCAACAUUUGAUGAGAACAAGUCCCUGUACAUGUCCCCCACCGUAAGCGUAGGGAAUGAUCUAGAAGGAUUUGUUCAGUCCAACGUUAGAUGGACUGUCAACGGCUACUCCUACGGCAACAUGCCAACCAUCAACACGUGCAUCAACGACAACAUCAUCUGGCACGUCAUGUCCCUGGGGUCGUUCCUGGACGUCCACACCCUGGUCUUUGACGGCAACACCUUCAACGAGGAGGGCACCAACCGUGACGCCAGGAGUCUCGUGCCUGGGUCCACGGCUGCUCUGUCUAUGACGCCAGAUAAUGCUGGAAAAUGGAUGCUGUACUCUCAAUCAACGACCGCCAGAGAAAACGGUAUGUUCGCCUUCUACACGGUAACAGACUGCUAUGGGAAAUCUGGUGACGAUGUUGAGAUGCAUGGGAGGAUCAGAGACUACUACAUCUCAGCUGAAGAGGUUCUGUGGGAUUACGCCCCUUUGACUAGAAGUCCGAUAACUGGGGCCAACUUGCUGGAUCCCAAUGUCGAAGAAAGUAUUUUCAUCCGACACGACGACAUGUAUAUCGGCCAUGUGUACAAGAAAGCGGUGUACAAAGAGUACACAGACGGCACGUACACAAGCGUUAAACCUGGCAAUGGUGACCUGCUGGGUCCUGUCAUCAUGGCGGAGGUUGGUGACGUCGUGAGGGUCACGUUCAGAAACAUGGCGACCAGAAGAUACUCUAUUCACAGUCAUGGCGUCCUUACUGAGUGA